CACUCCUCAAGUUAGCAACUUUUUCGUAUCCAGUCCCAUUCUAUUGUCCCAUAUCCCGACUUAAAAUGGCGGCAAACGCGAUGUUGACGACAUUCUUUGUUGUCUGUGGAAUAAUGCAGCAGAUCGGUGUCUUGAUACUGCUUGUUAUGAAGAUUAAACCAAAUAUAUUCUUGGGGCUUACGCACGAGGAGCACCGGCAAAGACAGAUCAACUUCUUCAAUGCGUGGACCGCCACUACGGAAGAGUUCGAUGAAAUCCUACAGCGGGAGAUCUACCUCCUCGAGGAGAUGGUUGAGCUUGAAAAGGUCACUCUUCCUACUUAUAAGGCGCCUGGUGAAGAUGCUCGGUUGGAGCAGAUCAGGGAGGAGCUGAAGGGUAUCAAAAUGCGACUGGUAAACACAGCAAAGCGGUUUUGGGAAUUAGACACUCAAAAUCCCGGUGGCGUCUGGCUUCUUACACAGGGCAUGCAGUCAGAAGAUGUAAGAUGGAAGCAUUCCCAGUACCAGUGCAGGCUCCGUUUUGGCUGCUGUGCACGUGGAUGCGGUUGUUGCAUGAAGCCACGACGUGGUCCCCCUGGGAAAGAGGAAAGUGUUUUGCGUGCGUAUGCUUCGCACUGUACAGUUGAAUGUGGUUGCUGUAUUAGGUGGAGAGGCUUUCGCUUUCCUCCCGUGGAGAAUGGCCGGACAGAGAAGGAUGUUUGAGGCUUCCUACUGCAUCAGGAGCAGCCGUCUAUGCUUUAUUUUGUUCAUUCUUAGUAUGUUGACAAUACUUUUGCUUUUGAUCCUCUGUGAACAGUCAUCUUUGUACUGCUUUUUCAGUCCGUUUAUACAGCGAAUCGAACAAAAAACAUACGCCUGCCA